AUUAAUUUGACAUUUUUUUCACAAAUAGAAAAUAAACGGAAUAAGACAAUAAAAGCAGAAAACACAGUAUAUACUGUGACCAAGUUUUGAAAAGUGGCCUUAUCAAUGCUUUUCUUCCAAAGACUAAAGCGAUUUGUAGGUGGAACUGUUCCUUCAGACUAUUUUGGCUUUGCCAAUAUUUCAUCAAAAAUGUCCUCCAACCAAGCAUCCAAGGUUAUUGCUAUCGGGCAGAUGUGUGCCUCGAACAAUAAAGCUAACAAUAUGAAACAAGUUGAAGAAUUAUUUUGCAAAGCGAAAACGCAAAAAGCGACAUUUUUAUUUCUGCCAGAAUGCUGUGAUUUCGUAGGGGAACACCGAAAACAAACAUUGGAGUUGUCAGAACCUUUGGAAGGUGCAACUAUGGCUCAGUAUAAGGAAUUGGCUAAAACCAAUAAAAUGUGGGUAUCACUGGGUGGUAUUCAUGAGUCUAUACUCGAUACAAACAAUGAUAAAACCGAUAAAAUAUAUAAUACACAUGUACUGGUUAAUGAUUUUGGUGAAGUUGUGAGCGUCUAUCGAAAGUUACAUCUAUUCGAUGUCGAAACAGAGGAAAUGCGUUUUCGUGAAUCAGAUGUAGUGACACCAGGUUCCCAUCUGGUAUCCCCAGUCAACACUCCUAUAGGUUUAUUGGGCAUGCAAAUAUGUUAUGAUCUACGAUUUGGUGAAGCUAGUUCUAUUUUACGCAAAUUUGGAGCCCAAAUACUCACGUAUCCAUCAGCAUUUGCUUACUCGACGGGUAAAGCUCAUUGGGAGGUAUUAUUACGAGCGCGUGCCAUUGAAAAUCAAUGCUAUGUUAUUGCCGCAGCUCAAAUUGGUGCACACAACAGUAAGCGUACCAGUUGGGGUCAUGCUCUAAUCGUUGACCCCUGGGGGAAGGUGUUGGCGAAUUGUGAGGAAAACGAUUUGACGAUCGCAACAGCAGAAAUUGAUUUAAACAAAAAUUAUUUUGUACAAAAGAGCAUGCCAGUAAUGCGACACAAGCGUAAUGAUGUUUACUCACUAACUUCCUUUGGAAUGGGAACAAUAGAUAUUACUCAAGAUUAUAAUUUUGCUAAUAAUAUUAUCAAAAAGGAAACUGUAUUUUACGAAACCGAGCAUUGUUUUGCAUUUACUAAUCUACGCUGCGUUGUAGAGGGACAUGUAUUGGUUUCAACAAAGCGAGUGACUCAGCGUCUGGAUAGUUUGUUGUGUCACGAAAUUUGUGAUCUCUUCUCAACAGUUUGUAAGGUGCAAAGAAUGCUUGAGAAUUUUUAUAAAACAACUUCUGCAACAGUCACCGUUCAGGAUGGUCCCGAUGCCGGUCAAACAGUACCGCAUGUACAUUUCCACAUUCUGCCUCGCCGUCCACGGGACUUUAAGGAAAACGACCAUAUUUAUACUAAAAUGGACGAUCGAUGUUUGGAUCAACCUGAUCGCUCACUAGAGGAUCGUAUAAUAGAAGCUCAAAAGUACCGCAGCUUCAUGAAUAGACAAUAAACUUAUAUUGCUGCAUCAAGCAAAGAAAUAAGCUUUUGUAAAAUAGGGAUGGGUAAUGAAAUGUUGAAUGUGUAAAAAUUGUUAUUAAUUUGUAUUUAUCUAUGUACAUAUAUACAUAUAUAACUAAAUUAAUAAAAAAAUAUAUAUAUUUUCCUUAAAUAAUAAAA